AUGAGUCAGUUUCAAAAAAAAGCAAGAACUGAGACUGAAGUAGGCAUGGAAUCAGAUUUUCGUUCACCUUUAAUUAAAGAUAAAAGAAAAAUUGAUAAUAAAGAGGUAAAUGACAGGAUGGUAAAGUUUUUGGACUCCAGAAUAAACCCAGAAAAGGAAAACCAUCAUCUGUCUUUCUUCAAAGGCAUUAUACCAAUCUUGAACACUUUAACUAUCGAAGAGACUUUAGAAUUUCAAGCUAGCGUCAUGACAAUGUUGCAAAAAAUUAAAAGUAGGAAUUAUGAGAGACCAAAUUACGGACAUUGGCGUGAUUCAUAUAAUCAGAUGACCGGACCAGAUCAGUAUUCUGGAUACUACACACAUAAUAGCGUCAAUCAACAGGCAACACCUACGCAAGAUCAACACUACCCUGGAUACUCUACGCAAUAUAAUAGCGAUAACCUUUCUGCUGAAGAUCGAGUAACUCUCAAAGAAUUUUGUCGGAGAUUCACGCGAGCUGCUUUACAGAGGUGGCAGAAAUCCAACCGAUUCCUUGAUCAAUUCAGAAGAUUGUACGAAAAUUGGCUGCAAGCAAAUAUUGAUUGGCCAAGUUGUGUGCAAUCUUUAGUUAAUCAACAACCAACUGUUGAUGAGAUACCUAGAGCACACUCAGUCUCUCAAGAACCGUCGACAUCAUCAUCCGUUGGUACAAGCAAACAGAAAAAGAGAAGAUCUGAUGAUCUUAUAGGCAAAGAUUCCAGUGAAUUGGCAUAUACAGCUGCAGCACGUUUAGAAAAAGAAGGGCAUGAGGAUAUCGCAUCUGUGAUCGAAUAUAUAAUGAAAAAUCCUGAAGCAACCGUUAAAAUUAUUGAAACGCUUAAAAAACCAGAGAAAACAGUCAUAUUUACACCAGAGAAAGCGCUUGGAUUGCUUCUUUCAUUAAAACUUUCAAAGUGGCAAUAUAUUACGUUGCGAGAGGCUACCAUUUGGGCAGGUGCUAAGGAUAUUUAUCCAUCCUACUAUAAAGUGCAACAAACUAAGCUUGAUUGCUACCCUCCAAAACAAUCAGUGUCAGUUACGGAUUCAUUGGCUAGGAUUACACUUCAAGCUUUACUUGACAUCACGGUGACGAGGAUCCUUCAAAGUCUUUCUGAUGAUGUGCAAAAUAAGCUGAUAUCCAAGUGGGUUGUUCCAAGUUGA